GUUCUAGUUGAUACCGAUCCCGGUGUGGAUGAUGUACUUGCGAUUUUGCUAGCCCUGGCUUCUCCUGAGAUUGAGAUCCUGGCUAUAUUGGUCACCUAUGGUACGUGCUGUCAGCCGAAGCUUCAAGCUCGUAGCCUGAACAUAUACAAGCUAUACAAGGCCAUCGCCCGUCAUCUAGAAGUCCACCCGGAGGACAGCUCUCGCUUUCCGAACUUCGGCCCUGCAGUCAAACCCUUCCUCGCCCUUGGCCCCAAAGGACCCCUGAAAGAGGACACUCAUUACGCGGAGUACUUUCACGGACCAGAUGGACUCUCCAACAUUACCGAGCGUCACCCUGAAUUGGACAUCGACGUCAACGAUCCCUCCUUCGAGCAAAACUUUCGGAUAACUGAUAGAUCUACAGUUGACAUUACCCUCGAUCUGCUACGCGAGUAUCCGGACAGGACUAUUACCUACAUCGCUCUCGGCCCUCUCACCCAGCUGGCUCAGAUAGUGCAAACGAACGGUCAAGAAUUUGGCGACCGGAUUGGAAAGGUUGUGUGCAUGGGAGGAGCGUUGGAUGUACCCGGGAACACCACGCCGAUAGCGGAAUUUAACUUCUACGCCGACCCUUACGCUGUCAAAGAGCUUCUCGUUGCGUCACCGGCAAGUGUUGGCUUGCCUCUGGAUCGGUUCCUCCUCCUACCCCUCGAUAUCACUUCCAGACACAACCUCAGCUUCCCAUACUACAAGGAAAAGGUUGACCCUCAGUUCUCGGACACGCGGGAACCUUCGAGGCCGGAGGGCAAGGACCCCCUAACGCACUUCACGAGCUCGUUCUUCGAGCGCACGCGGGAAGUGAUGAUCGGCUUCGGCAAGGACGCGAUGGAGCUGCACGACAUCGUAGCUGUAUGGUGCGCUGUCGAGUGCCAACCAGGGGACGUUGCACAAGUGGCUGGCCGUCCACUGCUGAAAUCAGGGUGGGGCAUGACGGAGAGACACUUUGACAUCGAGAGGACAGGAGAGCUCACGCGGGGCAUGCUCAUCGUCGACCGCCGAGCCGAUGCAAUUAGUGCCCCGCAGCCGGGUCUCAACCGCUCUGAAUCUGAGGCGCCGAUCCCGAUCACGACCUCGAAUCCCUAUCCGAUCGAGAAGCAGACCGAAGAGCAUGCACCGGUCACAGCGAUGCACACAAGUACCCAAAAUGGACCACCGGAGACAACGCAUCGACGUGGUGUUUUGUGCAUCCAUGAAACGCCGGGUCAGGACGCCUUGGUAUCGCUGCUGCUCAGGAGAGUCUGGGGAGUUGAAGGCUAA